UGCCGCUAUAUAUACAUCCGCUGCCCGCCCUCCACGACCCGCACUGCACCACACACGCUAGAUUGCCCCUGGCCCUGCCUGCAGCCACCAGCCUCGCCACCCACCCACCACGCUCCUCACCAUCUGCAGCGACAGAACGGGGCAGAAACGAACCCAAAGAAGCUCCAUCUGCCGAGCUUAGCAAAAACCUCGUCAUCUCCACAAACAGGCCGGCUCGUAGCCCUCGCUAUAUGCCUGCCUGAAGUGAUCUAGAGGAGUACGUAGGACAGAGAGAGGAGGAGAUGGUGUUUCCGGCCGUCCUCCCCAAGGUGGCCGCGCGGUGGCUCUUCACGUUCUACCGCGCCGCCAGGAAGCUCCGGCGCCACGCCUUCCAGCUCUACAACCGCAACGCCGCCGCCAAGCCGUCGCCGUCCGCCGCCGUCCCGCAGCAGCCGGGCCACGCCGCCGCCGCCGCCACUGCCAGGCAGCAGAGCGCCGCCGCCAUCCCUGACGCCGCGGCGGGCGGGACCGGCACCGUGGUCUGCGACGCGCACGGCGCGCUGCUGCGCUCCACCGCGCUCUUCCCCUACUUCAUGCUCGUGGCCUUCGAGGGCGGCAGCCUGCUCCGCGCCGCGCUGCUGCUCUGCGCGUUCCCGCUCGUCUGGGCCCUCGGCGAGCGCCGCGGCGCCGCCGCCAUCCGGGUGAUGGCGUUCGUCACCUUCGCGGGGCUCGCGCCCGGGGACGCCGACCUCGUCGCCCGCGCCGUCCUGCCCAAGCACUACCUGGAGCAGCUCGACGCGCUGGUGUACGAGCGCCUGUGGCUCCCCGCGAGGAGGAAGGUGGCCGUGACCGCCGCGCCCCGGGUGAUGUCCGAGUGGUUCCUCAGGGAGUACUUGGCCGCCGACGCCGUGGUCGGCCCCGAGCUGCACCAGGUCGCCGUCGGCCGCCGCCGCUACUUCACUGGGCUGCUUCUGGGGCGGGACGUGCAGCAGGAGGAGGCGUUCGGGGCCAAGGGCUGCGCCGUGGCCGACGUGGGCGUCGUCAGCAGCUGCAGCUCCAACCUGGUCGAUCAGCUGCUCGUCCCCUACUGCAAGGAAGUUUAUGUGGUGAGCAGAGAGAGCAGAGAGAGCGCCAAGCUCCCGCGAGACAAGUACCCGAAGCCGCUCAUCUUCCACGACGGCCGCCUCGCCUUCCUCCCCACCCAGGCCGCCAUGCUGGCCUUCUUCCUCUUCCUGCCGCUCGGCGUCAUCCUCUCCGUCAUCCGCAUCAACAUCGGCAUCGUCCUCCCUUACAAGAUCAACUUCGUCGCCGCCGCCAUCUUCGGCAUCCGCUUCCGCACCUCCGGCCUCCGCGCCCCGCCGGCCGACGGCGAGCGGCGCCGGGGCGUCCUCUACGUGUGCACGCACCGGACGCUGGUGGACCCCAUCAUGCUCACCACGGCCCUGCAGAAGCCCGUGCCCGCCCUGACCUACAGCCUCAGCCGGCUGUCCGAGGCAAUCGCGCCCAUCAAGACGGUGCGGCUGACGCGCGACCGCGCGCGGGACGCCGAGACCAUGUCGAGGCUGCUGCGGCAGGGCGACCUGGCGGUGUGCCCCGAGGGCACGACCUGCCGCGAGCCCUACCUGCUGCGGUUCAGCCCGCUGUUCGCGGAGCUCGCGGACGACAUGGAGCCCGUGGCGCUGGACGCGCAGGUGACGGCGCUCUACGGCACGACGGCGAGCGGGCACAAGUGGCUGGACCCCGUGGCGUUCUUCGCGAACCCGGUGCCGUCGUACCGGGUGGAGUUCCUGGGCGCCGUGCCGCGGGAGUGGACGCGCGCCGGGGGCAGGACGGGCGUCGAGGUGGCCAACUGGGUGCAGCGGCGCCUCGGCGAGGCGCUGGGGUUCGAGUGCACCGGCCUCACUCGCCGCGACAAGUACAUGAUGCUGGCCGGCAACGACGGCGUGGUCGCCAAGUAGGCAUGCAGCUACAUGCUGGGUAAAUUAGUACUGUCAAAAGUUCGUUACUGUGUGAUUAAUUUGCAUGCGAGUAAUGGAUCAUCCUUUGCUUCUCCUGUAAAUUAAAGAAAGUUUGAUUAUCUGCAAAACCUAGCCAAAUAGUAGAUGCUUGGCUUGAACUUCUCAAAUGAAAUACUACUAGUAUAUAUGUUUGGUCAGAUAGUCUUGCAGUAUCA